GUUAUAAUCCCCUAGUGAUUCAGAAAUGCUAUCAGCAAGAUUGAGUGCACCUUUUUUUUCUUUUUUCUUUUUUUUUUCUUUUUUUUUUUUUAAUACUUAUGACUUGCUAUUGUGACUGUUGGCAACAGCAUUGGAGGAGAAAGCCACUGCAGUUUUUGACGGCAUAGAAAAUACAUCUCACUGGGAUAGAUGUAAAUAAAGGAGACUUUGCCCUAGGAACUUGAAUUUGAUAGGCUCUUUUAGUGGGCAGCAGAACCCAGUCCAUGGGUUUAAUCAAAUCCAACUCUUACUCCCUUUCCGAGAUAAGUCAGAUGGAUGUAUAGAGUUAUUUUUCAUGUAAACAGCAGCUCGUAGAUGAGUUUAUCUCAUGUCCUCAAUGCAUGGACACAAUAUGUGACAUUCUUGACUGUGAUUUCCAGAAUGUGUAACAAAAGGCUGAAAACGCUUUAAAAAAUGUUAUCCAUGUGCUGGUAUCUUUCAGUGUAUUAGACUUUGAAGUAGAAUUGGCUUUUGCUUUUCAGAAUGGUUUAAACAAAACUAUGCACUGUGGUGACUGAACUCAUUCUAAGGGCUAAGAUUUGUCUUCAGGUUGCUCAUUUCACCUUUUUCCCUGUAGGUAAUGGGGAUCAGAGAAGGUUAGAUAGAAUUUCCGUAGUUGGUGGCAGCGGAAAUUUGAGCAUAGCACCCUACUUAUUUUGUUAAUCACAAGGGUGGGCUUUUUUCUAGGUUUGAAUUUUUUUCAGUUUUCAGUAUGGUGAAACAUGAAUGUCACAUGAAGAAAAAGGCAGUCUGUGGCUUAUCUAUACCUUCAGAGUUAACUAAUUUACAUACUUAAGAACUGCUUAUGUAAAAAUGCAUCUAGUUAAGACUGAACACCAGAGAAGUGCUAUGGCAGAUAUGGGCUUUGUGUUGUGUUGGCUUCCUGUUUAAAAAACAGUAGGCUGGCAAUUUUAAAGGGACAGUGACAAAGUGAUGACCAGGUGCCAAGUGCCAGCUGUCCUUAUUCACCAGAUUGAACAAGAAUUGGAUAAAGAAGAAGAAGAGAUGAUGGUUUUCCUAUGCCGAGAUCUUGCUCCUGACUUGGCCACUGUCAACCUUAGAGAGCUCUUGUUGGCUUUGAAUGAGAGGGAAAAAUUGUCUUUUCUUGGCUUGUCUGAGCUGUUGUACAGAGUUAAGAGGUUUGACUUGCUGAGGAGGAUCUUGAAGACUGAGAAAGCAACAGUGGAAGCUAACCUUGCCAGGAGUUUCAGACUUGUCCCUGAUUACAGGGUGCUAAUGGUAGAGAUUAAUGAGAAUCUGGAAAAAGAAGAAGUGAAGUCUCUUGUUUUUCUACUCAGAGAUUACGUACCUCGUAUGAAAAUGGCAAAAGAUAAGAGUUUUCUUGCUCUUGUGAUUGACCUGGAGAAACUAAAUUUGGUGGCUCCUAAUCAGCUGGAUUUGGUAGAAAAUUGUUUUAAAAAUAUUCACAGGAUAGACCUGAUUAGGAAGAUUCAGAAGUACAAACAUGAAGCUUUAAUGUCCUCCGUUCAUUCUCAGCCAUUAUAUGUAAAUGCACUUCAGGCAUCUCUCCCUAAUCUCAGUCUGAUUGAUCGUCCUUAUAAUUCAGGGAUCCAGAAUGUGAACAAAGAAAAAACACAAAAUGGACAAGGUCUUAUUCUGGCAGAACCAGUCCACAUGUCCAUUCAGGAAUCAGGACCAGUGUCACAUAAGGUGUUUGAUGAUCAGUACAGAAUGCAAAGUCAACCUUUAGGAAUAUGCCUGAUAAUAGACUGUAUUGGUAAUGACACAGAUAUGUUGGAAGAGACCUUCAGAGGCUUAGGCUAUGACGUUCAUUGUCACAGAUAUUUAAAUAUGAACACCAUGAAUCAAACAUUGCGUGAAGUUGCAAGGUUGCAGAAGCACAGAAAUUGUGACAGCUUUAUUUGCAUAUUGGUCAGCCGUGGAAGUCCUCAGAGCAUCUUCUGUACAGACCAUACCUCUUCUGGAUUCCCUUUGGAACAAAUAAAGAAAUACUUUACAGCAGACUCAUGUCCUGAACUCCUAGGAAAACCGAAGCUUUUUUUUAUUCAGAGCUACAUUGUGCCAGAAAAUGAGCAAGAAUGUACUAGUAUGUUGGAAGUAGAUGGGAAUGAUGAGAGAAUAAUUUCUAAUGCAAAAAUCCCUUGGAAAGUCACCAUUCCCCAAGUAGCAGACAUCUUUUGGAGUCAGUGCAAGGUGGAUGUGUCUGCACUAGAAAAAUCUCCAAGUUCCUCUUCAUAUUAUCUGUGUUGUCUGGCUGAGCUACUCCGCAAUCCUCAUAAAAGGAAACUGUCUAUAUUAGAUAUCCAUACGGAACUGAACAGAAAAGUCUAUGAAUGGAAUAAGACCACCGACCCAAGGCAACAAUACUCACUUCUGCUCCAGCACACACUGAGGAAGAAACUUUUUUUUUCUCCCACUUAACUGCUAUUGGAAAGGACAUGUCUGAAGUGGCUAAUGAGAAGCACUUACCAUGAUCCAGACAGCUUCAUGCAUACUUUAUGCAUUGUUACUGCAUGUAUAGCUACAGUGCCUAUUGCUUCAAACCCAGGGAUUUAGAAGCAUUUUGGUGUGUUAAGACACUAGAUUUUAUAUUUUAAUACAGAAGACUCUGAAACCUUAAAUGAGAAUGGCAGCUAUCGUAUAGCACUGCAACAGAUCUUACAACCAAGUACAAAAGGUAAACAGGGUGGAAAGAGCUCUGAACUGUAUAGCUGUUGGGUUUUCCAGGGUUUCGUGGUUUUAUUGUUUCAUUGGUUGUUUUUUAGCAUACUUGUUAGCAGUGCACUGAUCUAGGUUCUUCUGUUGAUGCUUAAAAGAAAUACAAGCCAGUGAAAACCACUGAAAUUCACUGGAUACUUUCCCCAACACCUAAUAAUGGAAAAUAUGUCAGGAAAAAAUGCCUAGCCAGCAGUGCCAGUUCUUCAUUAACAACUUCUGGCUUGCGUGCCUCCACAGACUGUAGCAAAACAGACACAGCAGAGAGAUGGUGUUUUAAAUAAUUUGGAUUCCCUCUGCCUGCUGCAUUAGAGGUUGUGCUUCACCCAGAACCCUGUGUUGUCAGUACUGUCCACUGCACACAAGGGCUAUAUGUUAAUAAAUGAGUGUCUGCCAUGUUCUGGGCUGUGUUUUCUGCUGAUGCAAAAAUGCAUCUACAUGCGGUAGUGCUUUACAGUAAUCUACCACACAGUUAAAAAAACGUGGGAUUUUGGCAGGUGCUUUGUGGAAGCUGAAACAUGAUUCACACUUGUUGCAGCAGACAUAGUUGUAAAAGUAUACUUUAUCAUAUUUGAACCUAAAUGUCGUGUAGCAGCCACUGGCUUUUAAGACUGGAUUAAACUAAACACCCUACCUUUACUGCUUUUGCUUAUGAAAAAGAAAGUCUUAAUUGAUUAAUUUUUUUUCAAGUUUUCCUUGUUCUUCUGAAAAA